AUGUCGAAGAGAAAACCUGCGACGACACGUGCGAACGGCCUUGCAAACGUGAAAAUGGGCUCGAAUACAAGUCGAUCUAAUGACGAUACGGAGACGACAAAUCCUCCUAAACGGCGCCGAAUCGAAAAAGCAAAUGCCCCAGUAGCCCAUGUUGAAUACGAUUCAUUACAAGAAUAUGGAUAUCAUUUUAAAAAUGACAAACUGGUUUCGAUUGACACUAACGAACCGUUUAAAUUCGAUGUGUUUGAAGACAAGGAAGAGAAUCAAAAACGAUAUGAAACAAUAGGAAGAUUAGUUGACAACGCUGUUUUCGAUCUACUUGAAAGUAAAUGUCAGUUGCAACGUGUAACAGUUCCGAUCGAUGCGAAACGAAAUGAAAAGACAAGUUUUAUCUUUGUCAGCAAGGAUUUAUCAACGGCGAAAUAUCUAAUGGUUAUUAUUCACGGUACUGGAGUUGUUCGGGCUGGUCAAUGGUCUCGAAAAUUAAUCAUCAAUGAAGGUCUAGAAAUUGGCUCUCAAUUCGAAUACAUUCGACGAGCUCAAGCAACUGGGUAUGCUGUGAUUGUUACGAAUACAAAUUUAAAUGAAUUUCAACCAUCUCGACAUCUUCGUCAUCGGUCAAUACAUCCUAUUCGUGGAAGUGGUUCUGCUGAAGAACACGGAUGUUAUGUAUGGGAACAUUUUGUCCGUCCAAGUCCUGCAAAACAUAUUUGUAUUAUGGCACAUUCGUAUGGAGGUGCUGUCGUACUUGAAUUGGCUCAUCAAUUUCUCAAAGAAUUCGAUCAACGCGUUUUUGCUGUUGCAUUGACAGAUUCACCUAUGACAAUUUAUGGACGACGUGUAAAGAAAAAUGUUUUAAAGAUGUUAAAAAAAAGAACAAUUAAUUGGGUUACCGAUACUGAAGAAGUAGACACAGAUCUGGGCGAAUGUGACUGUUGUCUAUUAAGAUCAGCAGGACACACGGUCCACGAAUGGACAUCUCACACGUCCAUCGACGCGAUCUUCAAAUACUUUGCCGAACAACGUCGAACACUUGAAAAAAGCAUUCUUGUCGAUUUUGCUUCGUCGAAUCAAUGUGGAUUAGCACCGGGUUUUCAAUCACUUUACAGCAUUUUACAAGCAACGAAAACCAAAAUGGGUGCUCGGACAUUACGUGCCAACCUAAUGGAACCUUUGAUCGAUGUUACUUCAAUUCAAUAUCGCCAAGAUGCCGUGGAGAAUUUGAUUGAUGAUGAAAAACUGAUGUUUCAAGUACAAACUAUUCUUUUGCAUUUCACGGAUGUUGAACGGAUCAUCUUGGCAUGCAUCCAAGAAAAUCCAAGUCGAACUGUUGCAGCAGCUGAAAAACGUAUCACGAUGAUCAAUCAACUUCGACGUAUUCUUGAUGUUUUACCAACGCUGCAACAGGCAUUGGAGCAAUCAACAUCCGAUCUUUUGAAAAACCUUUGUUCAACUUUGGGUGACCAACGUUUCCAGUUAAUGUUGGAUAUCCUCAAUUUACAGUUAACAACUGAACAAACAAUUUCAAGUAAUGGAUUUCUUGGAGCAAAGAUUCGACGCAUUUUCGCCAUACGAAGUGGCUUCGAUGAACGACUGGAUAGUUUACGUGCUGAUGUUAUUGUUGUUAUCGAUGAAGUAGAAUCGUUGGAGAAAGAAUUUUCGGAACGUUUUAACAUGCCUGUUCGAUAUAAUUUAACAAACACCCGUGGCUUUUCGUUAGAAAUCAUGGGCGAAUUCAAAGGUGUUCUACCCGCUAAUGUCAUUUCAGUAGCUAAACGACAAAAAUCAACAUUUAUUACGACACUACAAUUAGCUCAUCUAUCGGAUCGAUUCGAACUUUUAUACAACGACAUUUGUCUUUUAACUGAUCAACUUAUUCUAAUACUUUUUGCUAAAAUUCGAUCUCAUUUCGGUUGUAUGUAUCGACUUGUCGAAGCGAUUUCAAUUAUCGACAUACUCCAAUCGUUUGCCGAAGUUUCCAAAGCCCGUGAUUAUGUCCGACCCAUGUUUGGUCCAAACACCAAAAUUCUCAAAGGUCGCCAUCCAGUCAUCGAUCUAUUCGGUCAGCAAAAGCCUAUCGCAAACGACAUUGAAUUGUAUCCUGAGUUGAAUGUUAUUCUCGUUACGGGCCCAAAUAUGAGCGGGAAAUCGACUUAUCUUCGACAAAUCGCACUUUUACAGGUUUUAGCACAGAUUGGUUGUUUUGUGCCAGCUGAGCAGGCGAGAUUUCGGAUUGUACAUGAAAUUUUUUCAAAAAUUCGCCAUCACGAUAAUUUAUUCAUGGGACAAUCGACGUUUUCAUCGGAAAUUCACCAUAUUGCAUUCAUUCUCAAUUGUAUGACAUCAAAUUCAAUGAUUCUUCUCGAUGAAAUCUGCUCAAGUACAUCAACAAACGAAGCAUUAGCUACAAGUCUAACCGAAACAUUGUGUCAGACCAAAGCAUUUGUGAUUAUUUCCACUCAUUUUCAACAAUUAACGUCUAUUGGGUAUAUCUAUCGCAACGUUGCGAAUUAUCAUUUUGAUGUGAUUUAUAACGAUAAACUAUCGAGUGAUGCAGAAAGUGAUUCGACAAGUCACUCGCGUCGAUUCCAUCCACAAAGUGUCAUCGAUCAAUUGAAGGAGCAAAACACGAUCGUUUAUUUGUACACACUUCGACCAGGAAUCUGCAAAGAUCUUCAUUAUGGUAUCGCGUUAGCAUCGCAAAUAGAAGAUUUACAAACGGUUGUCGAAUUAGCCAAAUGCGUUGCGAAAUAUUACAUUCGUAAAAAAGAGUCGAUUGUGAACUACAUGUCGAGUAUUCCAAAUCUAUUGAUGAAACGCAUCAUGAUUAUGAAAGGCUAUUGCGAUUUGAUUUAUGAUUUCACGAAUAGCACAAUACAAUUUGUUGAACAACAACGUAUUUUUCUUGAAAACUUUCAAAAACGAAUGUAUCAAUACUGGUCAGCAUCCUCCUCAAAUACUGACAGUGACGAAACUCGAAUGGAAUCAACUUCGUCGCCUAGUACAACUGAAGCUCAUUAG